GGUCACACUUUUUUUUAUCGAUAAAUGGGAAAAGUAGGCGAGUCAUAGUAAUCAAAGCUGAAAUAGAAUUGCGCACACAAUAAAAAAGUAUUCUGUUCAAGUGAGUGACAUUCGGAAAUCAAAAAUGGUCCCAGUUCAGAAAAGCAACGUUUCUGGUGAAGCCGAUUCUGUGGUAUCCGCCAAGGAUGUGUAUUGCAUUUGUCGCCAGAGCCACAGCAAUGGAUUUAUGAUAUGCUGUGACAAUUGCAACGAGUGGUUCCAUGGAGAUUGCAUCGGUUUGCCCGCAAGUAUCGGGGUACAGCACGACACCUAUUACUGCACCGAGUGCUUCCGCAAAAAUCCACUAUUGAAGUGCACCUAUAAGAAGAGUUCAUCCACCUCAGGAGUUCCAAAAACUCCAAAAACUCCAAAAACUCCAAAAUCCCCCAAAACUCCAAAAAGAGCCAGGAUUAUCAAUUCAGUCGGUGUCAGGCAGAAUCCACGCAGGAGAUCCACGUUUGUCCAGGAGCCUUUAGAGGUACACAAUCCGAGCACUCCUGCUCCAAAGGCUUCAAGAACUCGCAGACAAUCCACGAAGUUACAGAAAGCAGUCGAAUAUGAAAAUGCUACAGAAGAAGCUAAAAAGGUGGAUCAAAAACCAAAACGGACUGCGAAGGAAAAGAACCCAAAGCCGGAGGAUAAAGUCACAGGGGAUGCUCCAAAACCAACAAUUAAAAAGGUCUUCGUAUCGACGGGAACACAAUGCAACAUGUUUAGAGAGUUUGCGAAGUAUGUUCCUCCCGAAAACUCCAAGAAAAAGGGCACCUGUUCUUCAGACUGUUGCCAGCGAUUGGCUCGACUCCGUUCUAAUUACUGUUGCGAUGAGUGCAACAACUUGACCGCAGUCAUAAAUCUAGCCUCAUUUGGCGUUUUACCUAAAAUACCACCAAUAAAUGCAGCAAUGGCUAGGCAAUUGAAGCAAUAUGGUAUUUAUAAUUAUCAAAUUUUUCAGAAUGACAAUGACUCAGCAAAUAAUCACAAGUCAAACAAAAAGUCAAAGGCUUCUGAGUCAGAAACAAAAACCAAGACAAAGGCUAAAAAGACAAAGUCGGAAGAAAGAAAAUCGAGAUAUCGUAGUCCGAGCAGUAGCCCAGAUGUUUCCCCAACUGCCGCUAAAAAGCCCAAGCUCCAAGAAGAACUUCAUUCAUCAAGGUCUAAAAGCUCACGGAAGUUACUUGAAGAAUCUGAAUCUGAAACGGAGCCACAACAGAAAUCUAAACAUAAGACUGCCAAGGAAGAAAGGACUAGUUCCCAGCGAACUUAUUCUCUGUCUCCCAAGUCAUCCAGGAAUUCGAGGAAUACAUCUAAAACAGCACCCAAUACUCCUGUUAAUCUAAAAAACACUUUUAAGAUAAAACAUGUCACUAGCUCCCCCCCAUCAGGCCAGAAAAGAGUGCGCAGAUCACAAACGAUAUCUGUGGAUGGUCCAUUAACUUCUGAACCAAAAUCGACUGAAGUUAGUCGUAUGGCAAGCCCGGGGACUUCUUCUAGAAAUAUGAACCCUGUGCUUCCAACCUCUUACCAAAAAUAUAGAAAACUAUCACUUACUGAUGAGAAAAUCAAAGCCAUUAGAUGCAUAGUGUCCAAUAUGUCGAAAGACGAGAAGGCCGAGUUGGCCAGGAAGAGAAUGAUGAUAAAGCUUGCAUCGGAGAAGCACCUACGUCAGGCAACAGGUGACUUAAAUAAGGAAAAAUAUACGGGUGCAUUCUAAAUAUUUAUAAUUUAU